GGCCGGAGACUUCUGGACUCCACUGCCCGGCUGGGCCCUGCUGGCGGACCAGCGAGCGGGGCCGCCCCAGGGGGCGCGGGCGCAGGUGGCCCAGGGCCCUGUGGAGCCCUGGGGCCCCGGGGCUGCGGCGCUCGGCAGGUCGAUAAGGGAUCGAUAGCAGCUCCCGCAGCACCAUGUCUCGGGCAGCCAAGGCCCCGGCAGCCGACCGAGAAGCGGUCCGUGGUGGCCCGGCGGGCGGCGCGGCUGCAGGUGCCGGGGCGCAGUAGCGGGUAGGGCGGGCGCGCGGCCGGGAGCCUCCUGGGCCCCCAGCCCUCGAGACCCAACUCCAGCCCAGGCCCGAACAAGUUGCGCCGGCGGCGGAGAGCCAGGCUACAAGGCCACCGGCCCGUCAUGCCAGCGGUCAAGAAGGAGCUCCCAGGCCGCGAAGACCUGGCCCUGGCUCUGGCCACCUUCCAUCCGACCCUGGCCGCACUACCACUGCCGCCGCUCCCAGGCUACCUGACACCACUGCCAGCUGCGGCCGCCCUGCCCCCGGCCGCCUCUCUACCCGCCGCGACUGCCGGCUACGAGGCGCUGUUGGCUCCACCACUCGGCUCCCCGCGCGCCUACCUGAGCCUGCACGAGGCCGCCCCGCACCUCCACCUGCCCCGGGACCCUCUGGCCCUCGAGCGCUUCUCAGCCACUGCGGCCGCAGCACCGGAUUUCCAGCCGCUGCUGGACAACGGCGAGCCGUGCAUCGAGGUGGAGUGCGGCGCCAACCGCGCGCUGCUCUACGUGCGCAAACUCUGCCAAGGCAGCAAGGGUCCGUCCAUCCGCCACCGCGGGGAGUGGCUCACACCCAACGAGUUCCAGUUCGUCAGCGGCCGAGAGACGGCCAAGGACUGGAAGCGCAGCAUCCGCCACAAAGGAAAAAGUCUGAAGACGCUUAUGUCCAAGGGGAUUCUGCAGGUGCACCCUCCGAUCUGCGACUGUCCGGGCUGUCGAAUAUCCUCCCCGGUGAACCGGGGGCGGCUGGCUGACAAGAGGACAGUUGCCCUCCCCACUGCACGGGUCCUAAAGAAGGAGCUGACCCCCAGCUUCUCGCCCAGUGAUGGUGACAGUGAUGGGAGUGGCCCAGCCUGUGGGCGGCGACCAGGCUUGAAACAGGAGGACACCCCACAUGUCCGUAUCAUGAAGAGAAGAGUCCACACCCACUGGGACGUGAACAUCUCCUUCCGAGAGACGUCCUGCAGCCAGGACAGUGACCUGCCCACCCUCAUAUCCAGUGUCCAUCGAAGCCGCCACCUCGUUAUGCCAGAGCAUCAGAGCCGCUGUGAAUUCCAGAGAGGUGGUGUGGAGAUAGGCCUGGGAGCCUCAGGAGCCACGGGUCAGUCCUAUUCCCACAGGAAUGGAUCCUGGACAGGAAGGGCCAUGGAGGACUGUGAGGGACCCAACCUGGGUCCAUGCCGGUGUCUUAGGGCCGUGUGUGACCUGUUGGGCAAGAGGCUAGGCCGCUCCCCCCACAUCAGCAGUGACUGCCCAUUGGAGAAAAAGGCACGAAGCAAGUCACCCCAAGAGACUCUGUUGCUGCCAGAACUAGGGCCCAGCAUGGCCCCUGAGGAUCACUACCGCCGGCUUGUGUCUGCCCUGAGUGAGGCCAGCACCUUUGAGGACCCCCAGCGUCUCUACCACCUGGGCCUCCCCAGCCACGAUCUCCUGAGGGUCCGGCAGGAGGUGGCGGCAGCAGCUGUGAGGAGCCCCAGUGGCCUGGAAGUCCACCUGCCUUCAUCCACGGCAGGUCAGCGUCGAAAGCAGGGCCUGGCUCAGCACCGAGAGGGCACCAUGCCAGCUGGCACCCCAUCCUUCUCAGAGAGGGAGCUGUCGCAGCCGCCCCCCUUGCUGUCACCCCAGAAUGCCCCGCACAUCGCCCUGGGCCCUCACCUCAGGCCCCCCUUUUUGGGGGUGCCCUCGGCUCUUUGCCAGACCCCAGGUUACGGGUUCCUGCCCCCUGCCCAGGCGGAGAUGCUGGCCAGGCAGCAGGAGCUCCUGCGGAAGCAGAACCUGGCCCGGCUGGAGAUGUCUGCAGAGCUGCUGCGUCAGAAGGAGCUGGAGAGCGCGCACCGGCCUCAGCUGCUGGCGCCCGAAGCCGCCCUGCGCCCGUCGGAGGGCGCCGAAGAGUUGCAGCGGCGCGGGGCCAUGCUGGUGCUGAGACACAGCUCCGCGCCGCUGCUGGCCCUGCCCCCCCAGGGACCCCCAGGCCCCGGCCCCGGCCCCCCCACCCCUCCCCGGGAGCCUGUCCGCCGAGCCCUUCGGAAGGGGGGCCCCAGCCCUGCCUCAGCCCACUCCAGUGAGUCCAAGGAGACCACAGGGGCUGGGUUCUGGGCACAAGAUGGCUCUGAGGAUGAACCCCCCAAGGAUUCAGAAGGCGAGGACCCUGAGAUGGUGGCUGCUGGGGGCCAGGGCCCCAACUUGGGCCAAGCCCCAACUGGAGGGGCCAGCCCUGAGGGGAAGGGGCUUGUCUCAGGGUCCAUGCUGCCCCCUCCACUGCCCCUGGGCUUACCCUACGCCGUCAGCCCCUACUUUCACACAGGCACCAUGGGGGGGCUCUUCAUGGAUGGGGAGGCGGCCACAGCCCCCGAGGACCUCAGCAAGUGGACAGUGGACGAUGUCUGCAGCUUUGUGGGGGGCCUGUCCGGCUGCGGAGAAUAUGCACCGGUAUUCAGAGAACAGGGGAUCGAUGGGGAGACCUUGCCCCUGCUGACCGAGGAGCACCUCCUGACCACCAUGGGGCUGAAGCUAGGGCCUGCUCUCAAGAUCCGGGCCCAGGUGAGUGCCAGCUGGGGGCAGGAGUCCCCGGAUGACGGCAGGUCAGCACUGAGGCUCUUUGUGGCUGUAAGCCGACGGUGCAGCAGCCCCCCAGCCGGGCCCAUCUCUCCACAGGUGGCCAAGCGCCUAGGCCGAGUCUUCUACAUGGCCAGCUUCCCUGUGGCUCUGCCGCUGCAGCCACCAACGCUGCGGGCCCCAGAGCGGGAGCUCACCUCUGGGGAGCAGCCCCUGUCCCCAACCACGGCCCCCUCCCCCUAUGGGGGGGGGCACCCCCAUGCUGGCCGAGCCUCGCCCAAGCAAGAGAAUGGAACUGUGGCUCUGCUCCCAGGCCCUGCAGAACCCCCCCAGCCUCCGUGCUGAACUGGUGGGUGCGCCACCCUGACCCCUACGUCCUCCAGUGCCAGCAGCUGACGGUGCUGACCCACCCCACAGCUUACUUGCGUUUUGGAUUUGGAUGCAAAAACGCAAAGAAUUUUUAAAAGGAAAAUGUGACGUAAGAGGAAAAGCGUUUUCAGAACUUUCUGGGGGUGGCAGUACAGACAGGUGCACACAGCCUGGGGACCCAAACCUGAACCCAGGCACGGGGACCCUGCAUCCUGAGAACCUGCAGACAAGCCACAGAAUGACAGAGGAGGCACGUCAUGCCACACUGGCCACGGCCGUGCCUGCUAGCCCUGUCUGGGACUGGGACUGCUCCUUGAGAGGCUUUCCACAUCCUGCCGUCGGGCGAAAGAGGUC